AUGAGUCUUUCGCACCCUUUGUGGGACUAUCAGCAAAGCCUGUUCAUGUUAACGAGUGCUGACGCCGAGACGUGCAGCCAACUGAGCCAAGAGAAUCCACUCGCGGCCCUUCAAGUACCGGAGACUGAAAUCGGCAGCAGGAAAAUGGCGAUUCCACGCCUCGCAGAAGGCACAGAGUCAGCGUUCACGUCCCCUGGCAGAUUUCACCGUCGCCACGUUCGCCGGGCGUGCGAGAGCUGCCGCCAGAGAAAGACAAAAUGUACAGGUGACAAGUCCGGCUGUCGCAACUGCCGAGAAGCUGGCAUCAUCUGCUGUUACACUGAUGGGAAAAGAGAGAAGUCGAAGCGACAGCUGGCUAGCUUGACCGCAAAGGUACAGGCGUAUGAGGAUGUCAUUAGAAAGUUGAGUGGCCGCUUUGGUGUUUCUGAUGAGCAGCUAGUAAACAUUGCAUUGGCCGCGGAGUCUGCGCCCGAAUUAGUGAUCCAAGUUGAUGACAGCCUGGCUCGGAAAAAUGAUAGAGGUCGAAAGUCUGAGUCCGAGCCUCCCCCGCAGGAUAGCUCCUCAUCGCCUGGUAUUAUAGGCCGUGUGGAUCACACCGAAGAGGACUUUAACCGGGAUGAAAAUGCUCGUGCGACCGGCUUUGUCGGUAGGAGCUCAGAGAUCGCCUGGCUGCAAAAGCUAGGAAAGGAAAUGAACACGGAGUGCGAGGACUGGUUGACAGUCAAAUCUCACGAGGAUAAUGAGAGUGGACUUCCAUCACCGACCCCAACUCCACUGGUCGACAAGCAUGUUGAGCCAUUGGUAGCUUCAGCCACCUACUUUGCAGAUGAUCUCGAAGUUCCUAAAAGGGAGCAAGUUGAUUUGUUUGAAGUACCCACCAGAGACGCUGCAACGAAGUUGCUGAACGCCUACCUGACAUCAGUCCAUCCAUCAUUUCCCAUCAUUGGGAUUUCGACUUUCCUCUCACAAUUCCAAGUCUUCUUUAAUCAGCCUUCGCUCAGGCCCGGCGGCAAGUGGCUAGCGAUUGUCAAUUUGAUUUUUGCCAUUUCUUCAAAGUAUGGUCAGUUGACCGACGCCGAGUGGGCAGAGGGCGAGGAUGACCAUGAGGUCUACUUUUCAAGAGCCAGAGGCCUUUGUCUCGAGAAUCAAUUCCUUCAGCAUCCAGACCUACAGCAGCUGCAGAUUGAAGGGCUCGCUUCCUUUUAUCUAACAUCGUCUGGGCACAUAAAUAGAGCUUGGAAACUAGCUGGAAGUGCUGUUAGGGGUGCGCUAGGUCUUGGAUUACACCUCCAGAACGUGGGCGGUUGCACAUCUGAUACCUCAAAGGAGAUUCGGUAUCGUGUUUGGUGGUCACUCUACAACAUUGAGCAUCUGCUAGGGGUUAUGACAGGUCGCCCAUCGUGCAUCAUGGACGGCUCAUGCACGACACCCCUGCCAGUUCCAUUCGAUGAAAGUGAUUUUCAGAAAGAAGACGUGGCACAGCUGAUCAGCGUGGCUGGGCGAGGGGCUUCGAGUCCUUUGGAUCGAGUGUCUCUGAACGGCAACACCGCCAACCUGGACUCUACCGCAGACUCCGACUCGGGCGAAUCAACGUCGGCUGGUGAUCAGAAACGAAGCCGGGCGGAAUAUCUGAAGUGUCUUCCACCAUGCAUGUCUCUUUAUUUUCUACAAUUGACUUCACUCGCUAUUAUUGCCAAGCGGAUGACCACCAAGCUUUAUAGCCCCGAGGCAUUGCAAUCCCCUUGGGCAAGCAUUGAGUUUACGAUUCAAAGUCUUACACUUUCCAUCGACUCAUGGUUCAUGAAUCUUCCCCCGGCAUAUGAUUUCACUUCGACUCAGAGCUCGCAAUGCCCCGUGGGUCAGCGAAUGGGCCUCGCCUUUCUGUUUUACAGCACGAAAAUCGGCAUUGCGCGCCCAUGUCUCUGUCGGCCGGAUGCCUCCCCGUCCGAAGACAGCAAGGUGCGGGAAUUCUGCGGCAAGACCGCUGCUGAAUGUGUGGAGUCUGCAUGCCAUAUGCUGACUCUGUUUCCUGACAAUUUGGAUGCGGCUCUAUUGCAUCGGAUGUCUCCGUGGUGGUGCACCCUACAUUACUUGAUGCAAGCGACCACCGUGCUCCUGAUGGAGCUUGCCUUUCGAUCUCGACAUGUCCCUGACAAAGCAAACAUGGUACUGAAAGCUGCAAGAAAAGCCGUAGAGUGGCUGGCUGUCAUCGGAAAGAAAAGUACCGCAUCAGCGCGUGCAUGGAAAAUUUGUGAUGGAUUCCUUCGUCGCCUCACCCCUUCGGCGGAAAUCGACAUAGGCGAUGUAUCAGAUAAUGAGGAUUCAACGGGCAAUUCCCUCUUCGAUGCAUCCUCCGACGCUCUCGACCCAUUCGAGACAGGCAAUAGUCCCCUGGUGAACAGCCUUGCUUUCGAAUUGCCUCCUGUGCCCAUUGCUACAGCAGAUUCGAUCGCGGCUGAGAUGGACUCCAUUGCUUGUUCGCCGAGUAAUCAGCCUGCGAGCCCGCUUGAUAUGUCGAUGUCAUUCAAUAUGGAAGCACCUGAUCUCCUGGACUCGUUGACCAAGCAAGAGGCGCCUUUCUCUAACCAACUAACGUACGAUGAUUUCUUCCCCUGUGAUCCCAACACGGGCCAGAUUACCGGAUCUUUCUUCCCAAGUGGCCCUAAUUUGGACGUUGACAUGGGGUAUUUCUGGGGUGAUGCCGUUUGUUAA